AUGUCUUCAUAUCCGCGUGUUACUCGAAAUAUAACUGUUGAGCGUUGUGAAAAAUUCUUGUCGAGGGAUUUUUUUUCUGACGUAAAUUUAUAUUCACAACUAUAUAAGAAACGCACCGGGUCAGAAGAGCACAUUAAACUUUCUGUGUAUAAUGUCCCAGACCUCAAGCGAAUUACCUUUGAAGAGGCAGUGAAAGCUAAAUACAAACCUGCCAAAUGUGGUGACACUUUUGGCCCAAGCUGGUCUACUCAUUGGUUUCAUAUCACUGUUUGUGUACCUGAUGAUUGGAACAACGAAGAGGUUCAGUUUUUAUGGGAUUCAAGCAGUGAAGGAAUGAUAUGGACUAUAGAUGGAACUCCUCUUCAGGGUCUUACUGGUGAUGGUAACGAUCGUAGAGCAGAUUAUGUUCUUACACGUAACUCAAAUGGUGGCGAUCAAUUUGAAUUCUAUCUUGAAAUGGCUUGUAAUGGUAAUUAA